AUGGUGAGAACCGAAAUAAAAAAUGAUAUGAAUAAUUUGACUAAUAGUGAUGUCAAUAAUGAGACUAAUGAUGAGACGUUCGUUGAUAAUAAUAAUGAGAGUAAUAAUGAGGCUAAUGAUGAAACGUUCGUUGAUAAUAAGAAUAGCAUGGCCAAUAAUGAAAAUAGUAACAAUAACGAAACCAAUAAUGAGGCUAAUGGCUUUCACGAAAUUAUUAAUGAGGAAGCAACAUAUAAUUUUUCCAUGCUGAGGGUUGGUUACACAUUCAAAGAAUGGUGCGACGUCGAUUCUUUUUUUAAAGCUUAUGGUCAAUAUUACGGGUUCGCUAUAAUUAAAAAAAGAGUUGAGCGUAGUAAUGGACUAAUAAAAUCUCGAACUUUCGGGGGAAAAUAUAAUCCAAAAAAAAAUAUUGAUAUUAAUACCCAUAAUAACCGACGAUCAAAGCGCCAAAAAUGUCAGUGGCACAUAAAUCUGAACUUCUCUAAAGAUAUUAACUGCAUAGCAGUUACAACGUUCGUCGAUGAUCACAACUAUGAACUCCAUUCAGAGGCCU